CUUCAGAGGUGGAGCUUAUCACAGACCUAGGGCGCAUGCGCUAAGGUCUCUAUCAGCGCUCCGCGACGGUUGUGGCGACUAAGAUUUUGUCUGGGCAGCCGCGUGAUCCUGGUUUGUAGAGGAUGCCUCACGAGGAAAUUCCCAACUCAACUCAGCAUGUCAGUGCUGACAGAGACACUCCAGUUGGGCUGGAGAGUGGUGGGGUGUUGGAGGCCGGGGAGUGCCUCUCCUCUGCUUCCUGUGAGUUCGGGCCGUCCACAUCCGGUGAAGCUUGUGUGUUGGCAGCCACAAGGCGAGGGUCAGCCCUGCUCCACAUUGAUCGGCAUCAGAUCCCCGCCGUGGAGCCCAGUGCUCAGGCCCUGGAGCUGCAGGGCCUGGGUGUGGACGUCUAUGACCAGGCCACACUGGAGCAAGGCGUGCUUCAGCAGGUGGACAGUGCGAUGCACGAGGCCAGCCGCGCAGCCCAGAUUGCUGACGCAGAGAAGGAGUAUCAGUCAGUCCUGGACGACCUCAUGUCAUGUACAACAUCCCUGAGGCAAAUCAAUAAAAUUAUUGAGCAACUUAGCCCUCAGGCUGCCACCAACAGGGCUAUCAACAGGAAGCUGGAUUCCGUGAAACGGCAGAAGUACAACAAGGAACAACAGCUAAAGAAGAUAACUGCAAAACAGAAACGUCUUCAGGCCAUCCUCGGAGGGGCUGGGCCCCAACUGGAACUGGAUCAUGCUAGCCUGGAGGAUGAUGAUGCAGAGCCAGGGCCAUCAUGUCUUGGCAGUAUGCUCAUGCCUGCCCAGGAGACCGCCUGGGAAGAGCUUAUCCGCACUGGCCAGAUGACACCAUUUGGUACCCCAGCCCCUCAGAAAGAGGAGAAAAAGCCUAGAAAAAUAAUGCUCAAUGAAGUAUCAGGCUUUGAAAAAUACUUGGCAGACCAAGCACAACUGUCGUUUGAAAGGAAGAAACAAGCUGCUAACAAAAGAGCAGCUAAAAAAGCCAUGGCCAAAUCUGAGCCACACCCAGGACCAAACGGAAGCAAGCCAAAGCCCGGAGGCCAGGCCUUCUCUCAGGCAGAUAGGCGCUUGAAGAAGCACAUCAGGAAGCUCCAGAAGAGGGCACUGCAGUUCCAGGGAAAAGUGGGAUUGCCAAGGGGGAAGAAACCUCUGGAGCCUGAGGCGAGGCCAGAGGCUGAGGGAGACACGGAGAGUGAGGCCUCAGGGUCCUUUCCCACCGAUGGGGAGGAGGAGGAAGAGCAGGAGGAGGAGGAGGAGGAAGGGGUAGCCAGCCUGUCUUCCGAUGAUGUCAGCUAUGAACUGAAGCCUCUUCGGAAGGGCCAGAAAUACCAGAAGAAAGUCCCAGUGCAGGAGGAUGAUGAUGAUGACUUCUUCCCGAGUUCUGGGGAGGAAGAUGAAGCUAUGGAAGGAAAAGGAGGAGGUCGCAAGGUAGCGAGGUGCCGGGACGACGGAGAUGAGGCUUCUUAUAAGCAGCGGCUAAGGAGGUGGAAUAAACUGAGGCUGCAGGACAAAGAGAAACGCCUGAAGCUUGAAGAUGAUUCUGAGGAAAGUGACGCCGAAUUUGAUGAAGGUUUCAAAGUGCCAGGUUUUCUGUUCAGAAAGCUCUUUAAGUAUCAGCAGACAGGUGUUAGGUGGCUGUGGGAAUUGCACUGCCAGCAGGCAGGAGGAAUUCUGGGAGACGAGAUGGGAUUGGGCAAGACCAUCCAGAUAAUUGCCUUCUUGGCAGGUCUGAGCUACAGCAAGAUCAGGACUCGCGGUUCAAAUUACAGGUUCGAGGGACUGGGCCCUACCAUAAUUGUCUGCCCAACCACAGUGAUGCACCAGUGGGUGAAAGAGUUCCACACAUGGUGGCCUCCGUUCAGAGUGGCGAUUCUGCAUGAAACAGGUUCCUAUGCCCACAAAAAGGAGAGGCUGAUUCGAGACAUUGUUCAUUGUCACGGAGUGUUGAUAACUUCUUAUUCCUACAUUCGACUGAUGCAAGAUGACAUCAGCAGACAUGACUGGCACUAUGUCAUCUUAGACGAGGGACACAAAAUUCGAAAUCCAAAUGCCGCCGUCACUCUUGCUUGCAAACAGUUCCGCACGCCUCAUCGGAUCAUCUUGUCUGGCUCACCGAUGCAGAAUAACCUUCGAGAGCUGUGGUCGCUCUUCGACUUCAUCUUCCCAGGAAAGCUAGGCACAUUACCUGUGUUCAUGGAACAGUUCUCCGUCCCCAUCACCAUGGGAGGAUAUUCCAAUGCUUCCCCAGUGCAGGUUAAAACUGCCUAUAAGUGUGCGUGCGUCUUAAGAGACACCAUUAACCCGUACCUACUGCGGAGAGCGAAGUCGGAUGUCAAGAUGAGCCUUUCUUUGCCGGAUAAGCACGAACAGGUCUUAUUUUGCCGCCUAACUGAUGAGCAGCAUCAAGUCUACCAGAAUUUCAUUGAUUCCAAAGAAGUUUACAGGAUUCUCAAUGGAGACAAUCAGAUUUUCUCUGGACUUGUAGCUCUGAGGAAGAUCUGCAACCACCCUGAUCUCUUUACUGGAGGCCCCAAGAAUCUCAGCGGUCUUCCAGAAGACGAACUAGAGGAAGAUCAGUUUGGUUACUGGAAACGCUCUGGGAAAAUGAUUGUUGUUGAGUCUUUGCUGAAAAUAUGGCAAAAGCAGGGUCAGCGGGUGCUGCUGUUUUCCCAGUCAAGGCAGAUGCUGCACAUACUGGAAGUGUUCCUGAGAGCCCAUAAAUAUUCCUAUCUCAAAAUGGAUGGGACCACUACCAUAGCAUCAAGACAGCCACUGAUUACAAGAUACAAUGAGGAUGCGUCCAUCUUUGUCUUCCUUCUGACCACACGAGUGGGCGGCAUAGGAGUGAACCUGACCGGGGCCAACAGAGUCAUCAUCUAUGACCCAGACUGGAACCCAAGCACUGACACACAGGCCCGGGAGCGAGCGUGGAGGAUAGGUCAGAAGAAGCAGGUCACUGUCUAUAGGCUUCUGAUGGCCGGCACCAUUGAGGAGAAGAUCUACCACCGACAAAUCUUCAAGCAAUUUUUGACAAACAGAGUGCUAAAAGACCCAAAGCAAAGGCGCUUUUUCAAGUCCAAUGAUCUGUAUGAGCUGUUCACUCUGUCUAGUCCCAACGCAUCCCAGAGCACUGAAACAAGUGCUAUUUUUGCAGGAACUGGCUCCGAUAUUCAAACACCCAAACGCCAUUUUAAAAAAAAGACUCCACCAGCCUUAGGAACAGAUCUCAAGAAAAUCUCUGGUUCUGACACAUCUGCAAAUGGUGGCACCCUGACUGAAGAAAACGCUAAGGCUGUGGGAGCUGCAGGAAGUGUAACUUCUGGAGAAAGUGGCCCUUUGAAAGGCGACCAUCACACGAGUGAGAAGAGAACUGGCAGGGUUGCAUGUGGAGAAGAGACAGAUGCAGGGUCCAGGCUGGAGCAGCUCUCAGUGAUGAAUGCAGAUGGGGAGUGUUCAGAUGCCCCAGCAGUCGACCAACCGUCUGGGCCAUCUGCUGACAUGAGCGCCAGUGAGGAGCAGGCUUCUUCCUACAAAGGAGGAGCCUGCCAGGGUCAGACAGAACCUGUUUUUGGGAGUGAACAAACAGGAGGGCAUUUUUGUAAGCACAAAUCAAAAAGGAAACAUGAUGUGGCAGAGGAAGAGACUCCAGAGAGAAGUCCAAAGCCCAAGCAAAAGGCCAGGAGCUCCAAGCACUGUAGAGAUGCCAAGUUUGAGGGAACUCGUGUCCCAUACCUGGUGAAGAAAAGGCGGUACUGCCAGCAAAACACUGAGCAAGAAAGCGAAGCCAAGGAGCAGAACAGUGAUGAUUACGUUUUGGAAAAGCUUUUCAAAAAAUCAGUGGGAGUGCACAGUGUCGUGAAGCAUGAUGCCAUCAUAGAGGGGACCAGUCCGGAUUACGUGCUGGUGGAGGCAGAGGCCAGCCGAGUGGCUCAGGAUGCCUUGAAAGCUCUGAGGCUCUCCCGUCAGCAGUGCCUGGGGGCAGCAUCUGGUGUUCCCACCUGGACUGGCCACAGGGGUAUUUCUGGUGCACCAGCAGGAAUAAAGAAUAGGUUUGGUCAGAAAAGGAACUCCAGCCUUCCUGUGCAGCGUCCUUCAUCGCUAACAGAAAAGAGCCAGAACAAUGUGAAAAAGGAGGGGAAAGCUCAAACCUCUGAGCACUUCAGUGGCAAAGAAGAUGGGGUGUCAUUGUCUGGAGCCCCCAGUUCCUCUUCACUCUUGGCCAGGAUGCGUGCAAGAAACCACCUGAUUCUGCCAGAGCGCUUGGAGAGCAACAGCCAGCACCUCGCUGAAGCCGCUGCGGUGCCUCCCUCCACAGAACAUGACGACCUUCUGGUGGACAUGAGGAACUUCAUUGCUUUCCAGGCCCAGGUGGAUGGCCAGGCCAGCACUCAGGAGAUCCUACAGGAGUUUGAAUCCAAGCUGUCUGUGGCACAGUCCUGUGUCUUCCGAGAACUAUUGAGAAAUCUGUGCAACUUCCAUAGAACUCCUGGUGGUGAAGGGGUUUGGAAACUGAAGCCAGAAUACUGCUGAACAGUGGUGCUCCCU